AUGUUCAAGGCCCUGAUGGGCGGGGGCCGGCCCUCGUCCGCCUCGGACACUCGCAGAAGCUCCAGCUCGAAGAGCAACCGUCGCAAGACCGAUAAUAAGUCCAUAUCAAGCCGCAAAUCCUCACGGGGUGACGACCGUGAUCGCGGCUUGGGGGACCUGUCGGUUUACACAUCUUCUGUCUCGGGCAGCCAGCGCGGUCCGGUCAGCGUCGCCGGGGACUCCGUCGCAUCGACUUAUGUGACCGCUGAGCCGGAUGCCAUUGAGAACCCUGAGCGCACAAUCAUCGAACGAGUGCCGAAGCGCAGAGAAAGCGACCGGGAAAGCAAGAGUUCCCGCCGCCGCGACCGCGACCGAUCGGAGAGCCGAGACCGCGAUCAAAGGAGGAGCCGCCGAGGCACGGAUGAUGGACGAGAUGGUGAUCUGGAUCGAGAGCGCGACCGUCGCGAGCACCGGCGCACAAAAUCGGGAGACCCUUAUGUACCGCCAAUCUCCACGUCCAUGCCAUCUAGUGCCCCGGGUGCCCAAUUUGCCGCCGACAUUGCCGCUCCCGGAUUCUCCCAAUUCCCCAUGCAAUACGAUAGUGGCAUGCCCUCGACAUCAGUCUCCCCCGGCCAUGAUACAUCACCGGCCCCAUACGACCCUCAUGUACAGCAACAAUUUCCCGGUCAAUUUCCGACGGGGGUCGCGCAGCCUUACCUCCCUCACAAUCCUGCUGGUGCCGCAGCCGAUUACUACGGUGAUCAAGGCCAGUCGGUUCAAGAUCAGCCGGGAGUUCGCCCGCAUCAGCCUGAAGUCAUCCCCAACAGCCAGACACAUCUAAUGACCGCCUCGCCCUCUGCCAAUCCUCCACCAGAGCCUAGCAGUAUCGGUCAAGUCGGAGCGGCCGCCGCUUACUACGCCGAUGAAGCGGAGGGGGUUGUUGAACUGCAGAACAAUCCCUCGUCUGGUUUAGCUUCAAAGCCUCCGAAACCUGGGAAGCCCUACAAGCCAUCUAGCCAGUCCAAACCCAGCAAGCCUUCAUCUUCAUCUGCUGCCGCAAUCUCAGGUGCUGCGGCUGCCGCCGGAGCGAUCACAUAUGGACAAGCCCCCCAUUCGUCUGGGGUUGGGGCUGGUAUUGGGAUGGCGGCCGCAGGCGCAGCCGCAGGCUAUAUGCUUGGUCACCAGCAUCACCCCUCAAGUCCCGAGCACUCAUCACAGUACACCUUCCAGAACUACGAGCAAUCAUCCCAGGGUGGCAUUUCUCCCUAUGGUGCUCACCCAAAUAAUGCUAUGGUUGCUGCUGGCGCUGCUGGCGCUGCUGGGUAUGCUGCACACGCUGCGUAUACACCUGGAUAUUAUCCUUACCGACCUGGAAGCCUUGCCCUUCAACACCGCCAUCGCGGUCCUCUUUCCAGGUUUGUGGAUUUCUGGCGUGAUCCUGAAGGCGUUGGCCGGUUUGAAGAUUACACCGAAACUAUCGGUGUCUGCAAAUAUUGUUUCGAGCCUGGCACCACCUCCGUCGAUGCCCCUCGCAAGCAUCACUACCAUGGCCGUCGUCACUCGUCUGAUCGCUAUAGUAGCGGGGGUUCCUCUCGUGUGAACAAGCUCAACCGAUAUCACUCUUCUGAAGAUGAGAGCCGCCGACGGAAGCGAUCGAAAAAGUCCUCGUCAUGGCUACCGGGCAUGCUCGCUGGUUAUGCAGCAAAGUCAAUCUUUACAGGCAAGGGCUUUGAUGAUUCCUAUAGUGUUCGCUCUGGCCGAGUAGCAGGCGAUCGGAUUGCUUCUCAUGAUGGCGAAAGCGUUUUCAAUGACCAAACAAGCUAUACAUCCCGCGGUGUUGUCCGACGGUCUGAACGGAGCUCUCCAAGAGAGUCCCAUUCCGACAGUAAACAGUCUCGACGGACACGCUCACGGUCGCGAUCAUCAUCUCGAUCGCGCCAUUCGUUUGUCAAGGAAGCAGCUUUAGGGGCGGCUGUUGGCUCGGCUGCUCUUGCGAUGUCAAAACAUCGCCGAUCUCGCAGUCGUUCACCUUCUAGAACCCAGCGCCGGAAAGAUUCUUCAUCCAGUGGAUCCUUCGUGAAUGUUUCCCGCCCUGCUACCAAGUCUAUUGGGGGCUUCGCUUCUUUCUUUACCUCGGCCUCCGAGAACCGCAAGACGAAACGUAACAAGAAGAGUAGGACCUUUUUCUCCUUCAACAGUUCGUCGUCGUCCUCUCUUGAUGCAGAUCUCGCCUUUGGCAGUGGCUUCACCAAGAAAUCAUCAACCAAGCUCCAGAAGAAGCAAAAUAAGAAAGGCCAGAAAAAUAAAGAUGUGGAUGCUGCGCUCAUUGGGCUCGGUGCCACGGCAACUGCCCUUGCCGCUGCAUCACAUCGCCAUGGCCGGACCACUGGCCAGAUGAUGACUUCCAGAGAAGGACGUUCCUCUAAUUACAACUCUUCAGCCACGAUUGAAGAUGAGUGGGUUGAUGCCGAAUCAGAAGAGGAUCGAUCUUCUAGCGCUAGUUCUGCACUGGCUUUCGGUGGUAGCAGUGCUGAAUCUAGUUCCGAUUCGAACAGCAGCGGUGGUUGGCGUUGGGGCUGGGGUGGAAAGAAAAAGAAGAGGAGCGAGAAGAAACAUUCUGGCGCGGAGACGGCUCUGGCAGUCGGUGCUGGCGCACUCGGAGGUGCCGCGCUUGCGUCGGUUGCUCGUCACCGCGAUAGUCGAGUUUCUAGCAGCGCUGGAAGCCUUCAGCAGGUGUAUCCGAUGCCUACAUCUGAUCCAUCCCGCUUCGACGUUGCCAACGUCUCUCCAUCGGUCAUGUCUGUUGACCAGACUCCCCUUGUGCGCCCCGGUCCUAUCCCUCUGCAGCAGCCUCAACCCUACACACCGGUCUCCCAGGCCGUCUACACUACACAGGGUGUGUUGCCGGGAUCCAUUCCUGCUUAUAGUGCCCCUGCUGUUCCCCCCAUUUUUGCCAAUGAGCAUGAUCGAUACAAUCUGCAAUAUGAGGGCUCUCAGACCAUCUCUACCGGCAAAACGAGUGCAAUCGCCGAGCGCCGUCAACACCGUCGCAGCGACUCUUCGCCUGUAUUUUCAACCCAGGAGAGUUACGUGCCAACACCCAGCCGCCGCUCGACCGUCAGAGACCAGGCUUCUGUCUCUUUCGACCUAACUGAAGAGCAAGCUGAGCGUGAACGUCGUCUAAGCCGCCGCGAUAGGGAUUCCCGUGAUGACUUCGGAGAAGAGCGCGUCCAGUUGAUCGAUCGAGAGGAGGAGCUUGCCCACGAGGAUGCUGAGCGCCGGGAGCGCCGGGAGCGCCGCUACAAAGAACGCGAGGAUGAGAAGCGCAGAACCGACAGUGACAAAGACAACAAAUCUUCCGCUUCCUGGGUCGAAGCAGCUGCUGUCGGUGCCAUUGGCGCUGCAGCUGCUAGCAGCAUCAUUUCUUAUUCUCGAAAGAAGGACGAGGAGGUGGCUUCCGAAACUAGCGCCCGCCGUCGCGACGAGCGUCGUGAGCAACGCCGGGCUGAACGCCGAGCAGAAUCUUCUGUGCUUUCGAAAUCCGAUGUCUCCCAGCCUAUCGAGGAGGUCGCUGUCGUGGAACCUAGAGAAACACCCUCGCCUCGCAAGAGAAAUACUCGCCCCGCCCCUGUGCAUGAUGAUUAUGCAGAGUUCUACGCCCCCGAGGAGAUUCGGCAUAGUCCGGAUCGAACCAGCCGAACCCGCGACCGUGACUCCGAUGAUACGCCAACAAUCGUGGAAAUCGUGCCUGCCAGUGAACGGGUAAAGAACAAUGAUAUGCCUCGCGACGACUUGCCCCAAUUUGCGCAAGAACCUUAUGAAAAUCAUGAUCAUCUCCCGUGGCCGGUUCCACGGUUGAACUUUAUUGAGCCAACUCCUCCCCAAAGCAUCAAUGGCUCAGUGCGUGGCACUUCAACCCCCAUCACCCCCACAGAGCCGGAGCCACAAGUCGGCAAAUCAGGAGAUGAAGAUCGUGAACGCCCCUCGACUGGCUCGCGGGUAUCAUGGGGAACCCCAGAGACUCAUGAAUAUGAAGUCCUCUCUUCUUCCGAGCAGGAUCCGCUUGAGCAGCACGAUAUCUCCCCUCUGGAAGAAGCCACCAAGGAGCUACCCAUGCAGACUUCAGAGAAUGGAAAGUCGAAGGAGAUCAGUGCCAAUCCUGUCUAUGGAACAGAUAUUGAUUUCGCUGCUACUGUUGCUGCCGCAACUCAGGCUGCUGGGUUCGAUCCUUCUUUCGUUAUCAACGAUCCCAAAUAUCAUACGCGCACCUCGCCUCCUGGAUCUGAGGACGAGGGUACUUUCUCUCCUCGGUCAAAGUGGACAGAUCCCUCGAUGCCGGUCCAGCCUCACGUUGAAGGCGAAAUCGAUAGCUACGAGCCGAGCAAAUCGCGCGAUAUCGACCUGUCUCUCGAGCAUGUCAUUGAUGACAAACCCUUCUACGCCGAGCCUGAAUCUUUCUCCAAAGACAAGGAUGUGUCAUUCUCCGAGACCCGAGACCGCGGCUCAAUUGCCCAGGAGGUCAUUGAGCAAUUGAAUGGGAAGACUCCACGCUUUGAUUCUCCUGAAAAUGAUGUCUAUUCCAUGCCCGGUGGAUUCGAAACUCCAGAUAACACGCGAGACGUUUCCAUGUCUCGUGACUCUCGGUCCGUGGUUUCUGCCCCCCUUGAGAGAGAAUCAGAGAAGUCGAGCAAGUCUAGAAAGUCGCGUCGCAGUGGGGACGAUUUCGACUUUCCGCCCAAGACAGAGUCCUCCGUUCCCGAGGAUUUUGAUGUCAUUGAUGAGGAGAAGACGAAGCGCCGAAAGCAUCGCUCAAAGCGCGAGAGUGAUACUUUCUCUGUGGAUGAAGAUACCCGGUCUGUCGUCACGUCAAUCGAAGAUGACAAGUCCGAACGGCGUAAGCGUCGUUCGAAGCGCGACAGCGAGAUGUUUUCGGUCGACGAUGAUGCAAGGUCCGCCGUUACUUCACUCGAGGACCUUGAAAAGUCUGAGCGGCGCAAGCACCGCCAUCGAUCCUCGCGGGAUACUUUUGAUGACACCGCCUCAAUCACAUCUUCUCCUGCCCGUAUUGACGAAACGCGGGAGAAGCGCCGAAGCAAGGACAGCAAGGACAGCAAGGAAGAGAAGGAGAAGAGCUCUGGAAUCCUGCGCAGCCUGUUCGGCUCGCGUGUCUCUGCCCCACCAGAGCGUACCCGGUCUUCUUCACUCGACAAGCGCUCGGCUCGAGAUGUGAUGUCUGAAGUCGGGGUUGACGAGGAACGGCGCCACCGCAAGAAGCGCUCUUCUCGACACCGCAGUUCCAGCGGAGGAGAUGCACUGGAUGAACACAAUUCGGACAAUGAUGUCCGCAGUCGGGAUGAUUUAAAUCUGGAGGAGUACAGAUCGCAAAGGCAGCAGAAGGAGGAGCGACGUCGACACCGAUAUGAGGAAAUUGUUGAGUCAGGGAAACGCCGGGAAUCUGAGAAGGUAUAG